UUUAAAUAAUAUUAAAUAACAAAAACUACAAAAUAGUAAAAAUAACAGCAACAAACACAAAUAAGAACACAUAAUAUAUACGAAACUUUUGAAUUCUACAAACUCUACAUUGUUGGGGCAACAGAUUAUAGGAAUUGCAAUGGAGAAUCCCAACACCAUUAUUAGUAGUACGCGAACCGAUUACGGGAGCACAACACAUGCUAAUACCUUCAUUAGUGAUACUUUAAAUUCAGACAGUUUAACAAUUGUUACAGCAGCUGUAAAGACAACAGCAUCUGUAUCUCAACGUUUCUCCACACGUAGCACAGAGAGCAAUCGAAGAGGUUCUCGUGUUUCUGCGGUGGGUGGAUAUCAAAGCUUACCAAAUACGUCAACUGGAAAUUUACACAAUAACAGAUCGUCGAGACAUUUCAAAAUGUCUAUGGACACAAUGCCGAACAGUGAAACCAGACAGAUUGUACAACGCUUAGAAUUUCUCUUUAGUGUCAUAAAUCAGAUAUGCAUCGGCUUCGUGACAAUUUUCAUGAGCUGGCUUUGUCUGCGAACGGGCUUGGCGGGUACAGCGUUACAUGCCUGGCUGGUAACAAUCGGUUACUCUUUUCUGAUGGCCGAAGGUAUCAUGAGCCAUUUCAGUGGGAACGUACUUACAUUCAAUUAUAAGCGUACAACAAAAACAACGAUACACUGGACACUCCAAGCACUUGGAGGUUCAUUAGGUGUUGCUGGUACUUUAAUCAAAUUAAUUCAGAAAGGAUUUACAAUCUAUAGCACGCAUGCUAAACUGGGAUUUGCGGCUAUGAUUCUUUGUGCGAUAAGCAUGUGUUCUGGACUUAUUGCAUUAUUCUCAAUGCGUCUGAAAAGAACCCUUAAUCCAUUACUAAAUAAAUCAUUUCACAACUUGGUUGGGGUUGCCGCAUUUGCUGUUGCAUUAGUAGCACAAUACUAUGGCUACCAAACUGGAUUUUUUAGUCGAAAAGUGGAUACGGAUUUCCAAAUACUAAUGAAAGUCAUUACGUUACUAUCGUUGGUGUUAACUAGCAUAGGACCAUUGCAGGCUCUCUAUCAUAAAUGUAUUAAUAUAUACAGACAUUUUAGUUAAUUUUUAUUUUUAAUUCGUAUAUAAAUAUAU